AUGAGCGUGGAGGACGCCAUCGAGCUGGGGCGGCGCGCCAUCUACCACGCGACCUUCAGGGACUGCGCCAGCGGCGGCACCGUCAGUGUCUACCACGUGACCGAGGACGGCUGGACCAAGGUGCGCGGCGAUGAUGUCACCGAGCUCCACUUCAAGUACUACCCAGACCCAGCGGCUCACCCCAGCGCCGGCACGCCCGUCGUCUGA